AUGCCGAAGGGGCGGCGCGGCUGCCCGAGCCCCAAGAUGAGCAAGCGGCCAGCCCCGCCCCUCUACUUCCCAUCCCUCUACGACCGCGGCAUCUCGUCCUCCCCCCUCAACGACUUCAACAUCUGGAAGAAGCUCUUCGAGCGAGGGAGCAGGAGGGGGAGAGGCAGGCAGGAUCGCUGCGUGGGCGUGUGCACGGAUAAAUUCCUGAAGGCAUUAAAAGAUGAAAAGUUGCAAGGCAUAAAGAUGAAACAGCACCUGAAGAAGCCCGCGCCGCUUUCCUAACGAGAUGUCAAAGGCUGCGUUACUGUAUCUCCGUAGCGUUAGAUGCUAUUGAGUAGAGAAUGUAUCCCGUUUCUUGCUGUUUCAGAUAUAACUAUUUUCUGUUCUUUAGUUUCUUACCUC